GCCGCCUUCGCGGUGACCCGUCUUGUUCUGCCGGCGUCAAAAAUGCGCUGUAACCUAUUAUCGAAUACGUUCAAACCAACGCGGUGGCUAUGUUCGGCGCAGAUAGACGUUGCCAACGCGUCCAAAGGACGGGCAGUGCUGACGGAGGAAUAUGUGAGCGCUCACUUCGAAGGAUCUGACGCGAACACACUCGCCGAGGUGGCCCAGAGCAUGACCGUCUUCGACGAUUUUGUGACGCCCGAAGAAGAGAGCACGCUGUUCGCCGAAAUCGAGCCGCAGUACAAGAGGCUGCGAUACGAGAGCAGCCACUGGGACGAUGCGAUUCACGGUUACCGGGAGAUUGAGCGUACAACUUGGUCCCCGCCGUGUGAGGCGAUAUUGGGACGAAUCAGGGCGCUCGCGUUCACUCCCGAAGUGAACCAGAUACAGCACGUUCAUUGUCUCGACCUUCUCGAAGACGGCCACAUCAAACCGCACGUGGACAGCGUUCGGUUCUGCGGUGACACAAUAGCCGGGCUGUCUCUCCUAUCGUCGAGCAUCAUGAAGCUGGUUCACGAAAAAAUGCCAGACAAGUGGGUUAAAAUAUUUCUCAGGAGACGAUCGCUAUACAUAAUGAGAGGAGUAGCGAGGUACGACUACACCCAUGAGAUCCUGGCCAACCAGAAUUCUGUUUUCAGGUCCACUCCCGUGCACAAGUCAAGGAGGAUAUCUGUUAUCUGUCGCAACGAGCCCAGCUGACUGUGAUGAGAAGGUGUGUGCAGUGGUAGUGCAUCCUAUUUGAACGCCCACUCCCUGGCACCGCAAUGCACUAUCUCUUAGUGUUGCUGUGACGAGGGAACAUUGAUUUCCUCAUAGACAAAUUUGGCCGAUGCGUACGUGCAACUAGGCAUGCGCCAUCCUGGCGUACAUAUUUCAUACAAAAUAAAGGUAUUCACAUGUGUCAUAAUUUUUUGCGCAUGCACCACUUGUGUAUUCGGUUUAAUCGACAUGCAUUAAAUUUUGUGUUAUUGAUUUCUGGC